AGAGAAAGAGAGAGAGAUCGGCCUUGUGUCGGUGAUAAAAUUGGAAGAGGUAGGGCAUAUUUGAAUAUUACGCGACAACGCAGGGGCAAAAGCGAGAGAGAGAGGGGCAGAGAGAGAGAGAGCAAGCGCUAUGUUUUCGCAGGGAAAAAGCUAAAUUGACGUCAAGCUCCUCAAUAGUGGAACUUGAUGCGCUUAACCUAAUCAGAAGAAGUGGUACUCGAGAGAGACGCAAUCUAUUUCCCGCGGCUUUGAACGCGGCAUCAGAUUUGGCUUUUCCUCUCUCUCUCUCUCUCUCUAUCUGUAAAGUGAAUCGGCACUAUACCCUGAAAUACAUGUAUUUGUGCACUCAUAAUAAAAAAUCAAGGUUUAGGUUCCGAAGCUAUGGUGGUCGUGAAUCUCUUUCUCUGUGAGACCUGCGUGGAGAGAGAUUGAUUUUCUUCGGGGUGUAAUUCAUUGGAUACUGAUUCAAUCCGAAGCCACAAGCUCCAUCGGUAUAUGUAUGCUUAUGUGUGUGCGGGAGAGGGAAGUGUAGAGGUGAGUAGAUCUCGGAGCUGAGAUGAUUCUCUUGUUCAGGAAGAAGAAGCGGAAAUCGGAGCUCCGAGUUGGUACUACGAUCCGAUUUGUAUGAGAGGUGGUGAUAUGAAGUUCUACAUAUCGGCGAGUGGAACUAAGAGAGUGACGAUAUCGAGCGCCGUCGUCGCCGGCGGUUGCGGUGGUGGCCGUUUUUGGAAGCUUAUGAAGGCGAAGGCAACGCCGGCCGGCAGACGGUUGUCUCACCGGGCGGUGUUUCCAGCGUUGUUGAUGCUUGGGAUUAUUUUACCCUUCGUCUUCCUUCGUGUAGCUUUUGUUGCUCUUGAAUCCGCCACCGUUUGCUCUUCUUCCAUCGAGUGUAUGCGACGGAGGUUUUUCGGCGGGAGUGAUUCUUCUCUGCUCAGAGAAGAGCUGACAAGGGCAUUGGUGGAGGCGAACAAUGGUGACGAGGAGGGACGAACAGGGUUAGAGAGUUCAUCAGCGUCAUUCAAAGACCUUGUCAAGGAUGUGACGUCAAACAAACAGAGCAUUAAGGCUUUCGCUUUCAAGACCAAGGCCAUGAUAUUGAAGAUGGAACAGAAGAUCCAAUCAGCUAGGUGGCGUGAAUCCAUUUAUUGGCAUUUGGCUUCACAUGGUGUUCCAAAGAGUCUUCAUUGCCUUUGCCUGAAGUUGGCUGAGGAGUAUGCUGCAAAUGCCGUGGCACGAUCCCGCCUUCCUCAACCUGAAUUUGUUUCUCGUUUGACUGAUCCUUCUUUUCACCAUGUUGUUCUCCUCACUGACAAUGUCCUUGCUGCUUCUGUUGUCAUCUCAUCGGCUGUAAAAAACUCAGCCCAGCCUGAGAAAUUAGUGUUCCACAUAGUCACUGACAAGAAAACUUACACUUCUAUGCAUGCAUGGUUUGCAAUAAGUAACAUUAAUUCAGCAGUUGUGGAGGUCAAGGGGUUGCAUCAGUAUGAUUGGUCUCAUGAAGUGAAUGUUGGAGUUAGGGAGAUGCUAGAGAUUCAUCGUUUGAUUUGGAGCCAUCACUAUGACAAUUUAAAAAAGGACUUGGAGUAUGACACUGGAAACGAAAGAAAUUUAGAGGUUCUAAGCCCAAGCUGUCUCUCCCUUAUGAAUCAUCUCCGGAUUUAUAUCCCUGAGCUAUUUCCGGAUCUGAAGAAGAUUGUGUUCUUGGACGAUGAUGUGGUAGUACAACACGACAUAUCAUCGCUCUGGCAAUUGGAUAUCAACGGGAAGGUUGUCGGUGCUGUUGUUGACUCCUGGUGUGGGCACGAGUGUUGUCCGGGAAGAAAAUACAUGGACUACUUCAAUUUCUCCAACCCAGUUAUAGCAUCUAACUUGGAUCAUGACCGAUGUGGAUGGUUGUACGGGGUGAAUGUAUUUGACCUUCAGGCAUGGAGGAUGACCAGCAUCACUUCAGCCUACCAUCAAUGGCUUAAACUUAGUCUAAAUUCGGGGAUGACAUUGUGGCGUCCUGGAGCGCUUCCACCGGCGUUGAUAGCAUUCGAGGGUCAUGUCCAUCCAAUCGAUCCUUCAUGGCAUCUGGCCGGAUUAGGUUACUGGUUUCCCCCCGUUGGGCGACAGAUACUGGAAGCUGCUGCUGUUAUACAUUUCAGCGGACCUGCAAAGCCCUGGCUUGAGAUUUCAUCGCCGGAGGUACGAAGCUUAUGGAACCGACAUGUAAAUUUCUCGAACGAAUUAGUUAGGAAAUGUAGAUUCAUGGGGUGAAGAGGACAAAGUCCCCUUCCCUCACUCUUUUCACGCAUUCGUUUUGAGAGCCACCACCUAACCAGAGGAGGAGGUAUAUUAGUGUGUCACGCGGAGGGAAGAAGGUUUUGCCUUCAGUCUCUGCUUACUGUUUUACUCUUAUUAUUAUUAGCUUUGUACAGGAUUAUUAUUAUUAUUAUUAUUACUGUUACAUUUAUAGAUAUAAUUCGUAAGGUAGCACGCCAUAAACAAUACUUUUCAGA